AAACGAUAUCAUUUUAGCGUGGGGCUGAUGUGUUUGUUUGUUUUGUCCGCUGAAGCUCAUAAAUGUCACGAUACCUUCAUGCGUUAUGACGGAUUGGUGAGUUGUGAAGAGAUCAUACUACCUCUCGAAGUGCCCAGAAGCAUCCAAAACUUAACUUUACACAGAUACAAUAUCUCAGUUUUAACCGAGAGAGCGUUUUCAGCCAAUGGGACCGAAAUGGACUUGCGCGCGCUGUCACUGCAGGACAACAACAUACAGGUGAUCGAAAGUUGUGCGUUUUGUGGACUCCCCCGACUUCUUUCCUUAGAUUUGAGUCACAACCGUUUAAUGGUUGUGCCCCCUGGAACUUUUUAUGGCUUGGAACAGCUACGUAAUCUUAACCUAAGUAACACCUUAAUGACUUCGGGCGGGAGCCAAUUACCACUCGCGCUGUCCACGGAUAAUUUGUGCGAUCUUCAGAGAUUGGACCUAUCUGGAAACCGUUUGGAGGUCAUUCCGCUUUCUGGGUUUGGCAACCUCAAUUUAACCACAUUAAUACUGACAAAUAAUUCCAUUGCGACCUUGGAUAGUCACAAUUUAGCGAAAUUAAACGAGUUCAAGGAAAUACGUAUUUACUUAUCACAGAACCCGUUCGAGUGUAAAUGUGACAAACUGAAGGAGUUUUAUGAUUGGCUGAAGAAUAGCUCCCAAUGCGCAGACUCCAGUAGCCUGAAAUGCGCGCAACCCGAAAAGAAGAAGAACACGCACGUGAUGGAUCUAGAAAAGAGGGACAUGGAGUGCCAAAACUUGGAUGCCCGUUCUUAUGUGCUUCUCGGCAUUGUGUUGGCCCUCAUUGGAGUUGUGUUCCUCAUGGUGUUGUACUUGAACAGAAGAGGCAUCAAGAGGUGGCUUAAUAACAUUAGAGAGGCCUGCCGGGAUCAAAUGGAGGUGUAUCAUUACAGAUAUGAACAGGACUCCGAUCCCAGGUUAGCAAAUGUUGCAGUUUAAGCGGAAUCUUCUGACCUCUUCUUGAAUUAUUUGAUGAAACGCUAUGACAACGAAACUGGAGUUUUGUGGCUUUUAAGUCCAUGUAUGUUAGCUUUAGGACAAGCACACUCUUAAAAGUUAACAAAAUUAACUUUCAGCAGAUAUACACUUUUU